AUGAGCAGAUUUCACUGGAGACAAUACUCCCCAAUCAUCGCCCACGAGCCUCCGGAGUUCGAGUACUGCAGGAAGCCCUUGACGGAGGGGAGUACACACGCCCAGGAGGUCCUGGAAAUGGACACUCUCGUCGUCACUGUGGAGCAGCGCCUCUUCAAGCUUCAGGGUGCAGCCAGAGCCACACAACGUGCGGUGCAAUCGGGGCUGCUGCGGGAGGUCAUCGAGCGGUUGAUGUGGCAGGCCCACAUGGAUAUGGAGCACAAGUUGAAGCAUCAAGGUUGCAAGACCAGGCGGUGGCAUUGUCAAUGGCGGGGAUGUGAGCACAUCGCGAAGACGGGCGCGUUGAUGGAGACGCACUUGCGGGAGAGGCACUUCACGGACGCGAGGCUAGUGAACGGGUCCUGGACGCCGCCUGACCUGCCUGAAGACACAGACAAGGAAGGUAUUGCAGAGGUAGAGAAAAUGACCUUGUUCAGGGAGGUCUUUCUGUCUGACUUGCCGGAGCGCGAAGACGAGUCCAGCAGAGAGGACAACCCUUCAUUUCCCAUCCACGAUGAACUCAAACGCCGCGGGGACGAUAUGGUCACCAUGGCCACCAACAGACGCUAUCUCUGA